GUUGAUUUUUCAAAUACGUAGCUUAUAUUACCAAACUUAAAUAUUAGAUCAAUAUUUAAUUACAUAAUGGCUUCGCUUCCAUCACUUCCAGAAGAGUUGAAAUUUAUUAAUCCAUUCCUUCAACGAGCUCAAGAGACGCGAAAAAGAGAGCCCGUAAUAUCUUAUUACUGUAAUUUUCUUGCUGCAAAACUUGCCCUUGAUAAGGGAACAAAGAGUAAAGAGAGCAAACUGUUUCUUGCCAAAUUAUUAGAUAUACUCGAACAAGAAAAAAAAGAAUUAGCAGAUAAUGAAGCUAUUACAAAUGAAAUGGCUGGUGAAGCAUAUAUAGAAAAUUUUUCACUAAAGGUUUUUACAAUUGCAGAUAAUGAAGAUAGAGCUGGCAAAGCCACAAGAAAUACAGCAAAAACUUUCUUAGCAGCAGCAUCAUACAUGGAUUUGCUUAGAAUAUUUGGAAAUAUCAAUAAAGAGUUUGAAGAUAAGAUAAUAUAUGCAAAAUGGAAGGCGGUUGAUAUAACAAAAGCAUUGAAAGAAGGUCGAACACCUGUGCCUGGGCCUCCUGGAGGCGAACAAGAUGAGCAAAAUCCAGAAUUUGAUGAAAAUAAUUUAAGCAUUCCUGGUAUUGACCAAUUUUCUCCUGCUCAAACGACACCAAAUCCAACAGUAUUGCCGACAGGUCCUCCUCCCACUUCAAAUAACGAUGCAAUUGAUACAUUUCCAAUAUUUCCAUCAGCAUCAACUCCUAAUAAUUCUGUCCCAGAUGUCCAAGAUUUGGUUUCUUCAUUUGAUCAAAUUGAUAUUGGAAAACAAGUAGCACCACCUCUUCCACCAAAAGUAAAUGACUAUGGUGGAAAUAAUAAUUUUGAUAAUCAGUUUAGUCAGAAUCCACCAGCACCAAAUUUCUCACCUUCACCUAACACUAAUUUUUAUGAUGUACAUCAAAACUAUCAGCAACCCUCUCCACCACAACCUCCUUCUACUUUACCACAUACAGGAUUCACAAAUGAUUACACGCAACCUCAACAUUAUCAACCAAAUCCAUCACCGCAAUCACCUCAUAAUUCAUUCCUUCCUCCUCCUCAACCAUCAACUCAAAAUUACAUUCAACCGGUUAAACCUCCAUCACAUCAACAACCUCCACAACAACCUCUACAACAACAACCUCCACAUCAACAACUUCCACAUCAACAACCUCCACAUCAACAACUUCCACAUCAACAACUUCCACAUCAACAACCUCCACAUCAACAACCUUCACGUCAACUACCUUCUUACCAACAAUCUUCAUUUUCAACACCUGCAAAUUGUAGCAUGAAUUCUUAUUCUCGACCAGUUGAAAUCGAUUCACAUACAGUAGAUGCAGUUCAGAAAUUUUGUAAAUUUGCAAGUAGUGCAUUGGAUUACAAUGAUGUUAAAACAUCUGUUGAUUAUUUGAAUAAGGCACUCGAAAAAUUGAAACCAUAUGACCGAUAACACUGUUAUGUUAUAUAAUUACGUUAGAAUUUAAUACUUGUAGUAUACAAUACAUGUAAACAACGGAUAUAUAUGACGAAUGUUUUAUUAUUAUUUUUGUGUAAAAUGUUGUGUAAAUGAACGAUUUUUAAUACAACAAGAGGAAAAAAUUGUAUAUCUAAUAUAUCUAAUCUAUCUAGAAAUAAAGAUAUUUUUAUAAUCUAUUUUAUAUAUAUAUAUUUUCUAACC